AUGCUCAACACCACUCAUCCGCCCAUUCUCCCACCUGAGAUACUCAUUCUCAUAUUCCAAAAUCUCCAAGAAGCCGGAUCUAUGAAGACAUUAUCCUCGUUCAGACAGGUCUCCAAAUCCUCUUAUUCCCUAGCAUCUCCUAUACUCGUGUCAUCGAGCGAGGUACCAGUCUCCCACCUGAUCAACCUGUAUAAUCACCACCGCUCAUUCGACACCUACGAAACAGAGGCUAUCGAAACAGAUCUCAGCUUCUCAAGUUCCGGUCAUGUGAAAAGGAAAUUAUACGAUCUGUCACUGAUAAAGAACCUGACAUUGGUGAAGUAUCCUAUGCAAGGUAGGCUGGCGAACAUCACAGCCCCGAGUACUUGCAUCCGGACGGAAACAGAUGAAAGAACGAGUAACAAUCUCUUCAAGGUAACUCAUACAAAGCUCCCCUUACUACCUCGACUUACCGAGCUCACAUUCACUUCCUUCAUCCUGCAAGAUAUCGCGUUGCACCUCUCUUCCAAGUCCUGUGGGGGCAACGGAGACUCGUUACCUGAGACAGUCUCCUUUUUGGUCAAUCUGGAUCACUCAGCCAACCAACUACGUACGAUCAGAUUUAGAUACCCUUCUAGAAUACUGGACCAACGAGACAUGGAUUUAACUGGAAGACUUGCUGAGUCUAUCCGAUCCCUCAUUGCUCUUUUCCCAUCUAUCGAAGAGAUCUAUAUCGAGAAUGUGCAUCUUCAACCACUACUACUUCCCGCCCCGAGGAAAGGGUUGAAUAAGGUCGUGGUAGAAUUUAGUAGACAUGCAAAAUGUCCGGAUAUGGGUGGAGUUGUAUUUCAACAAAGGAAGGAACAGCUGCGUGAAGCUCUGGUGGAUCUGACCCAUCACACGGGAGCUAUUUCAGAUGUUCUCGAAGAGAUACUUGAGUCAGAGACCACAAAGUACGAGUUCCGAGACGCGAUUGGCACGAUACCCCAAUGGGAUGGUGCGAUGAAUACAGAGACUCAAGCGAAAGAGCUAGAAGAUAUGCUUAAACGCAGUACGGAGGAGGAACACACAACCAAAUCAGCUCACUGGAGGAUCAACGGUUUAUUCGAUCUGGUGGAAAGGGUGUCAUGA